AGUAGUCGUCUCCCAUUACCUCUCCUCCACCUGGUCCACACGUCCGUCCCCCAUAAUAUCUCUCUCUCCUCUCCCCCUCCCCUCUCUCUCCUCCACUCGUCGCCGCCGUCCAAUCUCCGGCGAGAUCCCCUCCCCCGCCGGCAGCCAUGGCUUCCACCUUCAGCGGCGACGAGACCGCCCCCUUCUUCGGCUUCCUCGGCGCCGCCGCCGCCCUCGUCUUCUCCUGCAUGGGCGCGGCGUACGGGACGGCCAAGAGCGGGGUGGGGGUGGCGUCGAUGGGGGUGAUGCGGCCGGAGCUGGUGAUGAAGUCCAUCGUGCCCGUCGUCAUGGCCGGGGUGCUCGGGAUCUACGGCCUCAUCAUCGCCGUCAUCAUCUCCACCGGGAUCAACCCCAAGGCCAAGCCCUACUUCCUCUUCGACGGCUACGCGCACCUCUCCUCCGGCCUCGCCUGCGGCCUCGCGGGGCUCGCCGCCGGCAUGGCCAUCGGCAUCGUCGGCGACGCCGGCGUCAGGGCCAACGCGCAGCAGCCCAAGCUGUUCGUCGGAAUGAUCCUCAUCCUUAUCUUUGCCGAAGCCCUUGCCCUGUACGGCCUCAUCGUCGGCAUCAUCCUCUCCUCGCGUGCCGGCCAAUCCCGCGCCGACUAGAAACAAAUCGCUUGCAAGCAAGGAGCAUACGGUCCAUCAUUGUAUUCUGUUUGAAAGGGUUUAUUUCUUCUUAGAGACUUGUUUGGCAUUACACUGUGGUUCUACUUCUGUGUUCAUGAUCAAGGAACAUAAUGUGGUUGGGAUCAUAGGGAUUUCCACGCCCUCCAUCUGUAAUUUUAUUCUAUGUUCGGCAACACAAAGCUACCUGUAUCUACUCGUCGUACCUAGCACCUGUUGUAUUUAUUGUUUGGAGUAAUAAUCGGCGAUGAGCCUCUUGGGACGUGAUGAAUGAAUAAGCAAAGUUAGACCUAGUUCCACUUUUGUGUGUAA